UUAUACCUUCCCAAAAGAAUGAGACCUGGACACCGCCCACGACUUUAUAACGGUAUCAUAACAAACUUCUGUUAAGUUGGGCCGACUCAGGUUGGAUCCAGUGUCAUCUUUAUUCUCCGAUAAUCGGAGGAUAGUGGUAGAGUCCAAAAGCAAAACAUGCGGUGUGGUUUGAGGUAGCCACCUGGAGAAUAAGCACACUCUUAUUGCUGCUAAAAGCUCACACGUGCCAUAAUGUUCUUAUGCGUAAAUCCACCUUUUCCAUUUUCUCUCUGUUUUGGGUUGUUUUCAUUUCAUCACCUUUCUACAAUUCCGGCCACUGCUUACUUGUUUCUUUGCAGCUUCUGAACAAGUCUGUUGAACUCGGUUAAUAUUUCUGAAAGCUUGGAACUUCUUCACCAACUUAGUUUCCUUAUUCUACCCAGAUAACCUUUUCCCUCAACCAAAACAGUUAACACAGAAUUAAUACAGAAAUAAUUAGAACAAUGUCUGGUGUAACAUUAGCAGUAGCUCCUGGUAGUGGACCAGACAAAACCUCAAAUCCUGAAACCAACCCUUUUCAAUCAAAUAUUCAAGAACAAACUUCCACAACCGGAAUUUUAGGAUCAUUACGGAUCAUUGAACUCCAACUAGUAGCCUUCAUUAUGGUGUUUUCAAUCAGUGGACUAGUCCCACUCCUCGAACUCAUCUAUCCGGCCUUUGUCUCUAUUUACAUAAUUGCCCUCUCACGUUUCGCUUUCCCUUCUUAUAGCAACGUCCGAGCUCACUCCGUAGAGAUCUUUAAGGGAAGUAGUCUUUUUCGGGUUUAUGUAAUUUUGGGAACCACAAUUGGGUUGUUCUUACCCCUUGCGUAUGUCUUAGGAGGGUUCGCAAGAGGGGAUGAUCAUGCGGUAAAGUCUGCUACGCCUCAUUUGUUCUUGCUAUCAUUCCAAAUACUCACCGAGAAUAUAAUUAGCGGGCUAUCGUUGUUUUCCCCUCCGGUUAGGGCGUUGGUUCCGUUGUUGUACACGGUACGGAGGAUCUUCGUUAUCCUUGAUUGGAUGCAGGAUGUUUGGAUAAACAAUGCCUUGGAAGUCAAUGCUCCUGUCAAGGACGUCGCAUGGUUUUGGUUGGGGAGGAGCUUGGCAGUGGCCAACCUAGUGUAUUUCUCCAUCAACCUGUUGUGCUUUUUGGUGCCACGUUUCCUUCCGCGAGCAUUUGAGAGGUACUUCACUGAAAGAGACGAGAUCCACAAGAAGAUAGCAGAGGAUACUACGCGGAGGACUGCUACAAACGCGUCUAAGCCUUCCGAUAAGAAGUCCGACUGAUUUUACAAUCUUUUUCUCUAUAUAUGUAUGUAUUUGCUCAAUAUCUGUAAGUAUGUGUUCGAUAUCGUUCCUUUUCCCCCUUUCUUCUCCUUCAUAGCUUGCAAUUUGCAAGCAUCUCGAUAGGCAACACCUUAGAACAAUGUAAGUUUCAAUAUUGUUAGAUUUGUGUACUCUGUAGUUUGAUUGGGCUAUUGUGGGAUAAAUAAUUCGUGUUUCAAGCUAGUAACAUUA